AUGGCACCCAAACUCUCCGUCUCAGAAGCCAAAUCCCUCUACAAAACCACAACCCUCAACGGCCAAAAAUACUCUUAUAUGCUUUCCGAGCCCCAAAAUGGCUCCGCAACAGACACCAUCUUUCUCAUCCAUGGCUUCCCCGAUAUGUCCUACGGAUGGCGCAAUCAAAUCCCCUUCCUCAACUCCCUUGGUCUCCGCGUCGUCGUCCCAGACAUGCUAGGUUACGGCCACUCUUCCACCUCCUCCGACCCCAAAUUCAUGACAUACAAACGCGCCGCAGACGACAUCGCUGCGCUCGCCGCUGAACUCAAACUAAGCAAAAUCAUUCUAGGCGGCCAUGACUGGGGAGGAGCGACGGUUUACCGCGUCGCGCUCUUCCAUCCAGAUCUCGUAUCCGCGGUAUUCAGUGUGUGUACGCCGUUUGGUCCGCCCGGGGAAGAAUACAGGGAUAUGGCUGAGAUGCCGAAUUUCAAGUAUCAGAUCCAGUUUCGGGGAGAUGAGAUCGUGGAACAGGUUAAGGGCGAGGAGAAGAUCAGGCAGUUUUUGAAUGCGAUGUAUGGUGGACGGACGAAGGAAAAGGAGGUGGGGUUUGGUGUUGAGCAUGGAGUUUAUUUGGAUAAGUUGGUGAGGAUUGGGGAGACGCCUUUGUUGAGUAAAGAAGAAAUGGAUUUUUACGUCGAGAGGUUCGCGGUUAAUGGGAUGCAAGGGCCUACUAAUUGGUACCGUACAGGCAAACUCAACUACGAAGACGAAAAAGCCAUGAACAUCGAUUGGUCAACAUAUAAAUUCAAAAUGCCAUUUCUCUUCAUCGGCGGCGCGAGAGACGCCGCGCUCCCGCCGGCCAUGUCCAAGAACAUGGACAAGUAUUUCCGGAGCCUGACGAGGGGCGAGGUUAAUGCGAGUCAUUGGGCGCUGUGGGAGAAGCCGGAUGAGGUGAAUUUGUAUAUUAAGGAGUUUUUGUUUGGGAGUGCGGGGGCGGCGAAGCUGUGA